CAGAAGGGAUGGGACUCAUCUGAGCGCAGUAGCUGCCUGGAGUGGGGAACCCAGACCUCGGGACACGGCACCCCCACCCUGCGCCAACGUGGGACCAUGCCCGAGCCUCAGCAGCACCUCGGGGUUGGUGACGUGCCCACCUGCAGGGACAGUGUCCCCACACCUGCACUCCGCGGCUGGCAGGGGUUUCCGCGUGGAGGCAGGACCACGGAAGUGUCCCGAGAGCCAGUGACAAGGACCAGGGGCCCCUGAGGCUGCCGAAGUCCCGCCAGCCAUGCAGACCUCCCUGGUGUUCCCCGGCCCCGUUUCCUGGCCCUUUGGGGCCCUCCUGCUCCUGGCUGCCUCCUUGAGUGCUCAGAAUGAAGGUUGGGACAGCCCCAUCUGCACAGAGGGGGUGGUCUCUGUGUCUCGGGGCGAGAACACCGUCAUGUCCUGCAACAUAUCCAACGCCUUCUCCCAUGUCAUCAUCAAGCUGCGUGCCCAGGGGCAGGAGAGCACCAUCUUCAAUGAGGUGGCCCCAGGCUACUUCUCCCGGGAUGGCUGGCAGCUCCAAGUUCAGGGAGGCGUGGCCCAGCUGGUGAUCAAAGGCACCCGGGACUCCCACGCUGGGCUGUACACCUGGCACCUCGUGGGACGCCAGAGAAAUAACAGACAAGUCACGCUGGAGGUUUCAGGUGCAGAACCCCAGUCCACCCCCAACGCUGGGUCCUGGCCUGUGCCUGUGGUGGUCACUGCUGUCUUCAUCCUCUUGGUUCUUACGGUCAUGUUCGCCUGGUACAGGUGCCGCUGUUCCCAGCAACGCCGGGAGAUGAAGGUCUUCUUCCUAGAACCCCUCCUCAGAGUGGGAGUACAGCAGGGCCUGAGCAGAGCCUCCCCUGGCCUGUGGACCCCAGACCCCAAGCCUACUCCGAGGCCGCCGGCAGUGGCGGUCAAACCCUCAGCACUUGGAGCCCUGGAGCUGCUGUCCCCCCAACCCUUGUUUCCAGAUGCCAUAGACCCAUAACCACCUAUAAGGCAGAGAGGACACCAGCGAGCCGGCUCUGAGUGCCGACCUUGGGUGGCAGGGCCUGGGUCUCUAGUCCCACCCGGAGGGCACAGACACCGGCUUGCUUGGGAGGGUCUGGGAGAGCUGGUGGCAGGCUGGACUUCUGCGUCACCCACUCCAGGGCGGGUGCAGACCCUUCCCCUCCACCCCCCUGGUCUUCCAAGCUCUGUUUCCUCAGUUUCCAAAAUGGGAACACCUCACCUCCGCAGCAUGCGACCUACCAGGACCCAUGCCCCUCCCUCCGCCCUCAUCAAACCCAGAGACCUGGGCUCCCUUUCUGCCACCCCAGCCUGAGUCCAGCC